CUAGGAAGUGCGGAGAAAUUUAUGCGCUUUUUUUUUUUUAGCUGAGUUGGCUUAACGGCUGCUCAUUUGUGGCUGCCAGGAAUUGCACAUAAACGCUGAUAACUGGGAUAAUAAUUUGCCGGAGGCCCAUCGUUUAAAAAUGCCCCGGAGAAAGAGUAUUUGGGAAUUGACGUGGAAGGUGCAUCGUAGGCGUUGUGGUUGGCACAACAGACGUGCGGGCGGUGAAAGGUUUAUUCUGAGUAUUUCUUAACAAGUCAGUUAAGGUAAGAGGGGAACUCAACUCUGGAGGAGAUGUGGAGGUUCUGAUGCUCCUCCUCCGUCAUGGGAUCUUUAUUGAAUUAUCCGCUGAGGACCGCAGGCAGCAGCUCGGACGGGACGGAGGACUCUGACUUUUCCGCCGACCUCGAACACGCCGAAGCUUCGGAGAUCGUGCACAGACGCAGCAGCACACGCCUGACUCGCGCCUCCCUGCGCCUGAGCCAGAGCUCACAAGAUAACUGCAGCUCUCCUGCGGCUGCGGCUCCUGACGAAGGCCACGAUUCAGCAGCAGAGUCGACGGCAGCAGCAGCAGCAGCAGCAGCAGCAGCGUCGGUCUUUUCCUCCGGGCGCAGGAUCACUCGCAGCCAGCAGGGGGCGUCAAACGCCACGGCCAAGAAGUACCCCCUCCGUCAGAGCAGGUCGUCCGGCUCGGACACCGAGGCUAACGACAUCAAGCGGGGGGCGGAUCGGGACGAGACCCCUCCUCGCACCCCGACGGGAAACGCGCCGUCCUCAGAGUCGGACAUCGAGGUUUCCAGCCCGAGCAACGACCUGGUGUCGUCCAGCAACGACAUCGUGGUGUCUCAGGAGGAGGACGAGAGGCUGGCCAAGGAGCUCUCGCUGAAAGAAGCCGCCGCCCACGACCUUUCCCACCGGCCCAAGCGACGCCGUUUCCACGAGAGCUACAACUUCAACAUGAAGUGUCCCACGCCCGGCUGCAACUCACUGGGUCAUCUAACAGGCAGACAUGAGAGACAUUUCUCCAUAUCAGGAUGCCCCCUAUACCACAACCUCUCUGCCGAUGAAUGCAAGGGCAAAGCAACGACGCGCGACAAACAGGCCGAGGAAAGGACGCUGUCGCACCGCCAGGACGAGAACAGGCACUCCACGAGAAACCAGGCCCCUUCAGAUCGUCAGCUGCGAUACAAAGAGAAAGUGACAGAGCUGAGGAGGAAGAGGAACUCUGGCCUCAAUAAGGAACAGAAGGACAAGUACAUGGAGCACCGUCAAAGCCACGGGACGAGUCGGGAGCCGCUGCUGGAGAACAUCACCAGCGACUACGACCUCGAGCUGUUCAGGAAAGCGCAGGCACGUGCAUCGGACGACCUUGAGAAGCUCCGUCUCGCCGGCCAGGUGUCGGAGGGCAGCAACAUGAUCAAGACCAUCGUGUUUGGACGCUACGAGCUGGACACCUGGUACCACUCCCCGUAUCCGGAGGAGUACGCCCGCCUGGGGAGGCUCUACAUGUGCGAGUUCUGCCUUAAGUACAUGAAGAGCCAGACCAUUCUGCGCAGGCACAUGGCCAAGUGUGUGUGGAAGCAUCCUCCAGGCGAUGAGAUCUACAGGAAGGGCAACAUCUCUGUGUUCGAGGUUGAUGGAAAGAAGAACAAGAUUUACUGUCAAAACUUAUGUCUGCUGGCAAAACUCUUCCUGGACCACAAGACUCUGUAUUACGACGUCGAACCGUUCCUCUUCUACGUCAUGACCGAAGCAGACAACACGGGGUGCCACCUGGUCGGGUACUUCUCCAAGGAGAAGAACUCUUUCCUGAACUACAACGUGUCCUGCAUCCUCACCAUGCCACAGUACAUGAGGCAGGGCUACGGCAAGAUGCUCAUAGACUUCAGUUACCUGUUGUCCAAGGUGGAGGAGAAGGUGGGAUCCCCUGAGCGCCCCCUGUCUGACCUGGGCCUCAUCAGCUACAGAAGUUACUGGAAGGAGGUGCUGCUGCGCUACCUGAACAACUUUCAGGGCAAGGAGAUCUCCAUCAAAGAGAUCAGCCAAGAGACGGCCGUGAACCCGGUGGACAUCGUCAGCACACUACAGUCCCUCCAGAUGCUCAAAUACUGGAAGGGAAAGCACCUGGUUUUAAAGCGACAGGACCUCAUUGACGACUGGAAGGCCAAGGAGACCAAGCGUGGUAACGGCAAAACCAUUGACCCCACAGCCUUAAAAUGGACCCCGCCUAAAGGGACGUAGAGGAGCUUCCGUUUCACACACAGAACCCACCCACCCCCCCUCAAAAAAAAAAACACACAAACACACCUAUAGACAGAUCCUCCUUCAUACUCACACAGUAACACAAAGUCCGUCACUGCUCUGGGUUCAAGCAGCCACUGAGUCCAACAGACAGGAGACAAAACUGUUUGGAAAACAGGAAAAUGUACAUGAAUGUGGACUUAAAUCUAAAAUGACUUAUAUAUAUAUAUAUUUAACAAAAAUACAUGUAUUUGACCAGGUAAAUAUGAACUUAAAAACUUAAACUGUUAUUGUUUGGAUGUGCUUGAUAAGAAAUGUGUCAGAAGACAACUCAUCUGGCCAAAUGAAAUGCCAAAAACAUUUUUAGGAAGAAGAGUUUAUAUCUUAAAACAUGUCACAAGAUAAAAAAUCAGCUUCUUUUAAUCCCAUUUUAACCUUUUAUCCAAUAACGUGCCCUGUUAUUUCGUUAGCAACAGCUGCUACCACCGUUAGCGUCUCCAGAUGGAUCCUUAUUUCAUAGUGAUGAGUCAAGUUUGAGUAGUUUGUUUAGUUAUUUCAUAAACUGUUGGUUCAUUUACAUAUUUUAAACAUUUAACUUUGCAUGGGACGCCUUUGUGUAACACCAAGUAUCACACAAAGAAGCUAGUGUAGAUUUGUUUAUGGUUGGAUAACAUGGACUAAACGGAGUCGGCCACACAGAAACCCUAGAUGUCGGUACAUGUACGACGGCUCGUUUCACCUCAUUUGUUACCUAAAAAGUGAAAGUAAUUGUGCGCCUUGUUAGCGCGUCUCCUCCCAGACACUAAUCCAAUCUGGGACCGCCUGAACCGAACGUCUGCUGCGUCUCAUUCUGCUCUCCGGGCCGUCGACACAACGCAGGUCGGGCCUCGCGCCGACUCGCUUAAACGGGUUUUCGGGCAGACGCAAACCAGCUGGUUUUGAUUAAACAGGACAGGGGCUUCUGGCGCGCAUUAAAGUUUCGUGGAAAAGGACGGGAGGUUACCGCUCGGGUCACAUGACUCGGAGAGAGUUCCCUCACAGAGUUGAUUGGAUUAUUCUCUGAGAGUUCUAAUAAAAACCCACCAUGAAUUACUGUCAUAAAGUCCGAGAUACACAUGACUUUGGCGAAUAAAUGACGUCCGGACCAAACAGUGGCUCUUUGAACCCAGAACCAGUCAAUAACCUCCCACAUCCACCCACGUCGUGUCGAGUGUUUAGCAGCCGGUUAGCCAGGAAGCUAUAGCUGCCACUGGCCUGGUUGUACUCUGUUACCUUUUUUUAAUCUCAGCUGUGCUAUUUCACGGUUUCUACAAUCUCAUCCGUUAGCAGAGCGGGAGCUUACGAACGUGUCGUCAUUAUUCAGUUCUCGAUGAUAUUUCAUACUUUUUCUACCUCUAAAGGUUUUACCACUGUUAAAACAAAACAAAAAAAACAAACAAACAAAAAAAAAAAAAGCCACGGCCCAUUUUAAGCUUUUCUUCUUUUGUUUUAUGUGUGGAAAUAUGUAAUAUGUGUUUUUCCCAGCGAGUGUUUUCCUUUUUGUUUUUACUAGAUUUUUUUUUUUUUUUAAAAUAUGCUAUUUAUAUUCUUUUUUUUUAAAAAAAAAACAAUAUAUACGUUAACUGCGUAGAACGUAAAGGAACGUAGAGGAAUGUCUGCUUUGUAGGACUGGCUUCCUUGUGGAUAUAAAUAUUUAUCUGGAUUCAUAAAAAAAAAAAUUGUAUGUAGAUUUGAAUGUGUGUAGACGCUCUUGAAAGGUACAGGAGGCAUCUCCCCUCCAACAGAGACAUUUCAGAAGUUUACUUCCUGUUAUCAAAAGUGACACACGAUCGAAUCAGGACGUGUCUCUUUUGCACGUUGUCACUACUUGUUACCGCCGUCAUCACUGCUGAGAGCAGAUAGAAAAAUACAAUGACAACCUUCUAUUUACUGAACGUAGCUGACAGCCUUUCGUUUUUGUUUUUUUUUUUUAUUUUCUGUUCUGAUAACUCACUGUGAUUGAUUGAAAACUGAUAUUCGAAUCAACUUUUUCAUUGUUUUUACGCACAGUUAAUACAAAAAAAAAAAAAAAAUGGAAGGAGUAGUUCAAUGUUUUGGUAAAUAUGUUGAGAACUUGACCAAAACUUGAUGCUACUCUCAUGUCUGUACCAUUAACUGUCCAUAAAUAUGGGUGAAACCUGCUCGACGAUGCGUAGUUCUCUAAUUCAGAAAUGUCAAAGAGGUGACGUGUAAGUAGAGCUGAGCCUAGACGCCUCAUUGAAGCUUCAUAUUUUACUGAUGCCCGUGAUUUAUAUAAAGAUGGACGAAUGGUUUUGAAGCUAAGUGUGGUGCCUCUGGGCGUCGCCAUCUUGGCAUUAAGGACACGCCCUUAAUGAGCCAAGCUAGCAAUUUCCAUCUCAGCUAAGCUAAGCUAGCUUGAAAUGGUACUCAUACUGAGGUCAUGGUUUCGACAUGGGAAGUCAUCCAGAAGCCACAGAGGCUAGCAGUUAGCAAGCUAGCGGCUUGGUAACUUUAUGUAUUGGACAGGGGCGGGUGAGAUGGGCAAAAAAAAAAUAAAAAAUCAAAUCAUGAUAUUAUUUUUAAAAACAAUUCUGAUAACAGUAAUCUGAUGAUAUCCUUUAAAAUGUGAUUUAUGUACAAAAAGAAAAAAAAUUAUUUGUGUGGUUUGCUCUUAAGUGGUGGAACAGAUUUGUCGUCAAGGCGACAGUUUGUCACAAUGAGGUCGACCCAUGUGUCGCCACUAAAUCAUCCACCGAAGUCGUUGCUGAGACCGGAGUUUCCUGCAUAUUUCCUCCAUGUGAGACUAUCGUUUUUAUUUUGUCUUUUUCGAGAUAUUAUAAUUACUCGAUGAUUGCACAUUGUCAUAACUUUUACGAUACUAUCGUAGACGACGCCCACCCCUAGAACGUAAUAUGUUUAUGACUAAAUUACGCUAGCGAAAUCCGUUUUUGGUUAUGGGGUGAUGAGUACCACAAGAGGGCGCUGUUCAGAUCGUUUUUCGAAGCCACCCAUAUUUACUGUACAGACAUGAGAGCGGUAUCAGUCGCCUCAUCAAACAAAAUAAGUUUCAUUACCAAAAUGUUGAAGUAUUCCUUCAGACGUUCAUAAGCUUAGAAAUUGGAGGUGUUAGAUUUAAUCAACCAUCACGAUUGUUUUAAAUUUUUUUAUUUUCAUGAUCUUUUCCUUUGUUUUGUGGCUUUCUCAGCAUAAACUUUUUCUUCUUUUGUGGUGUCAGAAAUGUUGCCUUUAAAGUUCACAAAGUUGAUGUUUUUUUUUGUUUUGUUUUGUUUUUUAUCUUUUUAUUCGUGUCUGUCUUUUUUAACUGUGACGUUUUCUUUCUACCAGGACUUCUUGUUUAUAUUUUUACUAAUCCUUUUCCUCACGAGGGAGAAAAGACGAGCGACGGCACUGAAUCAAAUUCAAAACACGAACAGGCCGUGGCUUUCAAAGACGUACGUUCACCAUCGUUUUAGCGCCUGUUCUCAAUAAAUAUCUAUAAUGUGCUGCUGACUGAAAUUCUUUUUGUUAUUUUCACAACUUUCACGUGCACUGAGUGGAAACGGCAGUUAAAAAAAUGAAUCUCUAUCCUUAAAUACACCCCUGACGUAAUUUUAAAUGAUCGGUCUUGAGAAUUAAAGAUUGUAUCUAACAGGCACAUGACUUUUUCUUAGCAGGAAUUGAACCUGAAUGCAUCGUUUUCCCCUCACUGGACAACAAAAGCGUAAUUUUUUUGGCCAAAGCAUCUUUAAACUUAAAGACAACCAACCAACCUGAACGCAUCCAAAAGUCCUUAAAAAAAUAAAGUGUUGUCUUGUUGUUAUUUUUCUCUCUGUGCCAAUGGCAGCUAUAGACGGGCAGUUUCACAGCAACCUUUGCUAGUUACCAACACAUCUUAAUAGGAUCACAGAUACCUGGACAGACGGGACGACACGUUCCUGCGUCCUCCAAUCCUUCAUUUAACCGCCGGCACAUAGCAGCAACUCACAAAAGUAGCGUGGCAUCCGUGGUGUAGCUCAUUGUGCUAUUGUAGUUGUUUUUGCCUCUACCUUCCCCUUCAAUAAAUAAAACAAAUGGC